GGCUGUGUUCUGGUACGAGCGCGCCUAUUCCUCUUGAUCGAGCACCCCGGCUUCCAAGAUUUACUGCUGGCUGAGCACCUCCGCGCCGACGGCGCGGCCCUCCUAUGUCAUGCCAGGAGGUGCCAAAAAGGCCGUCUUCCCAACCAUGAAUAUGCACAACCACGAGAACACUCGAGAGACGGCGGCAGAGCACCGGAAACAACUAGUCAGAGGCAAAUCUACAGAUGGUGGCAAAGAGAGUCCUGAAAAAGAGAAGGAUCCCAACGCUAAGCACAAGAGUGGUAAAAAUCCUCCAAUGACAAAAACAAUGUCUGGACAUUCAACUGAUGGUCACCACAGCGGGCACCAUCAUCACCACCACCACCAUCAGCAGCAGCCAGAUAUGAAACAGCAGACGCAGCAGCACCAUAGCCAUCACCACCACCACCACCAUGGCAGCCACCCCCAACCCCACGAACAGGCGAAGAACGUGGAAGCCUCAAGCACAACCUCUGCCAAGUAGGCACCGCAGCACAAAUAUCAAAACUAUUAUUAUUAUUACUUCCUGAAAAAUAAAUAAAAAACAAAAAUAAGCAACUGCAUAAUUAGGGCGAAUCAGAAAACUAUUUACCUGGGAUUCUAUGGCACAUUUUACAUUAUUGGAUAUUUGAUGUAAAAAAAGUCAGCCAAAAUCGCGCAAAGUUUUUUGCACAAAUUAUUAAUAAAACAAAAUUUUUACUCUCAAGUAGCAAUGUGAACAAAGAAAUAGUUUUCCAUCCCUUAAUUUUAUACAGCCAACAGAAAAAAAAACAGCCUGGUGACCAACACGUGGCAAGGCAAAUUGACACGAAGUUUAAAAAAAUUUGAGCAGCAAUUUAUAUCUUGUCUAUACCUGAUCUUUUUGCUGUGAUUUAAUCCAAUUAAACGUUAAAAAAAAAUACUAUUUGCGGCUUUUAUCACACAAAAAAAAAUAAAUAAUAAAAUUAAUUAUGAAAAAAGGAAAGAAAAAGCGCAUAUAAUACAAUAAUUAAAUUCAUAAGCACCCAGCUUUUUGACCUCGUUGAUAACAAACGUUUGCUACUCGCCAUUCUCUUCACAUGCAUCCCCUUUAGCUAUUCCAAUCGAUAAUUCCAGCCAGUCGCGGUGAAAAUUCAGGCGCACUAUCUUUGUAGCAACAGCUCCGCUAGCAUUCGCAGCACAUAUAUGUUUGCAUAAAUAUAUUAUGUAUGUACCAUGUAUGUGUAUAUAAGUGUUAAUUAAUUCUGGAGCGAGCCCCUCUGUAGCUUGCGUAUGUUGUCGGUUGCGUGUCUAUUAAUGGGCAUUCGUGUUGCCCACGCGGCCUCGUUUUGCUUUUCUUAUCUCACGCAAAUCAAUUUUCAUCACGCUCCACUUGAAACGCAGUUUCUUUAGUUUUGGCACCAACGCAGAUAACACAAACAAGAGUGAGAGUUAUUUUAAAAAUCGGUAUUUCCUUUAAGGGAAUCCAGCUAAUUAUUAUUUUGUAUCGCUUGGCUGAAUUAUUAUGUAUUUCUUUUUUGCACUAGAACUAAUAAAUUAUGAUUACAUGUGCAGGAAUAGUAUUUUCUGUAAGUACAUUUCACAACGGAAAAUGCUAUGAAUAGUUUAAAAAUUUUCUUUUUAGAACACUAAAAAUAAAAAUGUUGAUAUUAAAAAGUCAACACACACCUUUGCCGUUGAAGUAUUAUCACACCAGUGAGAUGUAGCAUAAGAAAAUUAUCUAUUAACAUAUUCAUUUGUUUAAAAAAAUGUUUUUUUUUUUCAUAUUUCCGGGAUUAUUUAUGUGAUGAGCGAUAUAUGUAAUUACUUUUUCGUGAAAAAUAUUUUAGUUAAGUUUAAAAAGUUGCAAACAAAGUUGGAUGCUGUAUAAAAUUUAAUAUUUUAGACACAUAAAUUGAAACAUUUAAUUGAAUUUUUUUUUUUUUAAACAAAACUAUAGCGUCCAAUUGAUAUAUAACAGACAGUGUUCCUUUCUUCCUUGGCCCAUUUGCCAUGUUGUUUCCUUUCAUUGAUAAUCCCAUACUAGCCAGGUGUGAAAAUCUUGUUGUUCUGAAAACUCGGCCUAACUUAGCCAUUGUUAAGAUAAAAUUACAAAACAGCCAAAACAAAACUUCAUACUUGAUAAAAAAAAUAAAAACAAAUGAUGGAUGAUUGCCAUGAUCUACUUAAAUUUCUCCAAUUCAGCUAGUUGAUUUUUUUGUGAAUUCUGAUUUUGAAUGUAAAUUCAAAUUAAUGUUUUUCUUCUCAACCAAUACUGUCAAUAAAUACUGUACAUUAAUUAAAAA